ACCCCCGGCUUUAUAGUAUAGAAGAACCUCAUCAAGAUGGCGAGCAUGGGCACUGGGUUUUCCAAGUGCUUCAUACUCUUCAUGGCGAUUGUCAUACUCGUCCAGGGAGUCGCCUAUUUGGGCCUGUCCAUCUGGGGCAUCACCUUCCGGGAGUGUCCGGAUGGGGUUACUGACUUCAGCUCAAAUCCCUUCAAGUAUGCCAUGGAACUAAUCUACUUUGCACAGCAGGACUGUGGUGAUCCGGUGCUGAAGAUAGACAAAGUAGAAGUGGAUUUAAACAUAGAUUGGGGAAAGUCCUCCGCCAUAACCGACAGGGAGUUCAUCUUCAUGAUAACCUAUGCUGUGAUCAGUGGCCUCUGGGUGGCCACUUCGGUGUUGGUGAUAACCACUUUGUGCAAUCGCACCACCAAACUGAUCUCGGGAGUCGUCUACUGGCCCUGGUUUCUGUCCGUUCUGGCCGGCAGUAUCCUCGAUGUGGUGGCCUCGGUGUAUCAUGGACUCGACUUGAGUCAUACAACGUCCAUGCAAGAAGCACUUGAUUACAUUGGAGUGGCCUACAGUGAUACCACCAGCGACAUUUGGACCUUGAUGGAGCCCUUUGGAGUCUACUUCUCGACGCCAGCAAUUGUUCUUUUGUGCCUGACCAGUCGCGUGGCCAUUAUCUGGCUACUGAACAUCAUUGGCGCCAGCUUCUGUCUAUCCCUGUCGGGCAUAAUGGCCCAGCAGAAUGCCGCCAAGGCCGCUUUGACCAGCAGUCAGGCUCCCACUCGCCAGCCGACACCUCAGCCUGUGGUUGCGCCAAUCCAGCCAGCUUUGGUCGAAACAAUUCAGCCAUCGGCUCCGCUAGAGAGCCCUCAGUAUCCGGAACAGAUCCUUCCCAAGCCGCUGCCCAUUUUCGUUCCCUCGGAGCAGCAGCAGCAGCAGUUUGCACCCGGAGAUCGCACCACUCUGCAGUCGCCGGUGAUGGUGCUGCCACCGAUUGUUCCACAGCAGCAGCAGCCGCGGGAUGUAGUCUCGCCGCAGCCGGACAUCAACACCUAUCGCACCACCGAGGCUCAUCCCGAUCGCCUCAACUAUCCGCCCUCGGAGCCAUCAACACCGCGGGCUCCUUCGCCGGCUGUCCAACAACUGGCGGUCACUUCGCCCCUGAACAAUCGCUACAGCGAGAUGUAUCCGGCUCCGGUUAAUCCGCGGGUCAGCGAGGAGCUGCGCAACCAGAUGCCUUGGUCGUACACCAGCAUGGUGACCAAGCCACCGCCGCCGCCACGCAAGCCGCAGCUGCAAGUGCAGAUCUAUCCACAGAUUCCCGAGCCAGACUACGCCGAUCACUAGAUAUUUUGGGAGGAGCGGCUCGGAGCUGAUUAGGCUUUAAUCAGUCUGGAGGCGCGGUUGUUGUUGGAAGAGUUGUGUGUUAUUGUUAACUUUAUUGCAUAAAGCUAAAGCUGAUGGCCAA